ACUCCUCUCCACAGGGCAACAAGAGAUAAAUACCCUAGGAUCGCCGGCGAGAGUCCAACGGCAGCACGAACCGGCGAUUGCGAGCACCACAUCGAGGCAGACAUCAGCAGGUGACUCGAGCGGCUCGCGCGGGAGAGAGAAAAGAAGGGAGAAGAGGGGGGCGCUGCCUGUGCCGCGAGGCGGCGAACGACGGGGGAGGCGCACGCUACAUCGUCGACACAGGCAAACAGAGUUAAGAUUAUAAUCAGCAGCGAUCCUUCGUUCUUCAAUCAAGAAAAGGCUGAUAUCAGCUUCCACCUUUCAGAAACCAUGAAGCUAGCUUAUGGAUUAAUCUUUCUGGGGUUCUUACAGUCUGUUGCAUGUCAGAUGAUUGAUCAACAGGUCCAGGUUCUGUCUGAAGUAAAGAUGAUGCUGAAUGACAGUCGCGGUGUGUUAGAAGAAUGGAAUGACCAUCUAGAUACUGCAUGUAGUGCUAUUGCUACUGUCAUGUGUGCUGAAGGGCAAGUCGUUCAAAUAACCUUGAGCUCAUCAGGGUUAAGUGGAGUCUUGUCACCCAGCAUUGCGAAGUUGACAACACUACAACGGCUGUUUUUAGAUGGUAACAACAUAACUGGAGGAAUACCACAAGAUAUUGGGAAUCUUUCAAGUCUGGCAAUUCUUAAACUUCAAAAUAAUCUUUUCAAUGGCUCGAUACCCGAUUCAUUUGGCCGCCUUUCAAAACUGGAAAAUCUGGAUCUGAGCCAUAAUCAUCUAAGUGGAAAUAUUCCAAUUUCUUUGUCAAAUAUUCCAUCCUUGAAUUCCAUCAAUCUGGCAUAUAACAAUCUUAGUGGUGAAAUACCUGAACUACUUCAUGCGUCCCUAUACAACUAUACCGGCAACCACUUAAAUUGUGGUCCACACUCAAUGCCAUGCGAAGGAAACAUCAAUGAUACAGGUGGAUCAAGAAAAUCCACCAUAAAGGUGGUUCUUGGAAGCAUUGGUGGAGCAAUAGUUCUCGUCCUGGUUGCUAUUCUAAUCUUGCGAAGAAUGCCUUGCCGACGUUAUUUAUGUUCUGAUGUUCCAGAUGAGCAUGCUCUAAGCUUAGAUCUUGGGCAGACACAACAAUUCUCGUUGCAUCAUCUCAUGAUUGCAACAGGAAAUUUUAGUAGACAAAAUUUUCUUGGUAAGGGCUCUUUAGCUAAGGUUUACAGAGGAGUUCUUCCAGACCAAGACGAUAAAGCGGUUGCCGUCAAACGAUUUGUCAAAAUAAAAAAUCACGGGCGUGAUAUGGCUUUCAAACGAGAAGCUGAAGUUAUAAGGGUGCCUGUCCACAACAAUAUAUUGAGAUUGAUAGGGUAUUGCAUGGAACGAAAGGAGCGCCUGUUGGUUUAUCCUUUCAUGGAGAAUUUGAGUCUUUCUUCUAAGUUAGAAGGUUUGAAACCAAAUGAACCAACAUUGGAUUGGGCAAAAAGAAUGAAAAUUGCUCUUGGCAUUGCUCAUGCUUUGGAAUACCUUCAUGAUAACUGCAACCCCCCGAUUAUCCACCGUGAUAUCAAGGCUGCCAAUGUCCUGCUCAAUGGAAAUUUUGAAGCUGUGCUAGGAGACUUCGGAUUGGCGAGGGUGAUGGACCAAGGGAAGGAAAUAGUGACGACAGAGAUCCAGGGAACAGUGGGCUACAUGGCUCCUGAGUACAGGAGUACAGGAAAGGCAUCAACGAAAACGGACGUAUAUGGAUACGGUGUCUUGGUGCUAGAGAUUGUGACGGGAAAGGGUCCAGACUUCCACGUUAAUGUGAAGCAUCUGAUGCAAGAAGGCAAACCGCAAGAAAUUGUCGACCCCAAUUUGGAUCGUGCAUAUCAGCGUGAAGAGUUGAUAAAACUUAUCAAGAUAUCACUCUUCUGCACCCAAGAGGAAGCUGAUCGCCGCCCUACGAUGUCAGAAAUUGUAAAGAUGCUUGAAGCAGAUGUCCAGCAAUACCGGUGGGGUGAGUCGCUGUGGGCUCAGCUUAUCUCUCAGCCUUGGCGCGAGCAGCAUGAUCAAAUGGUGAUACAGAAAUUGUUUGACUUAGGCAAUGCCCCCUCUCCAGCUAGCCAACCUGUAUCGGAGGCGGACAGGGCAAGUCUUGGGGGAGAAGAAGAACAGGGCCCGUGGACAGUGUGGGAGAGAGGGGAGAGUAGCCAUCAGCGUGAGUGGGUGAGUAUGACGUGUGGGAUACAGGGUCCAGGGGCCGUAUAAGAAGGCAAGCGUGCAUUGUAAUCGACAGCUAAAUAUUCAAGUAUACCGAGACUUUGGACGACGGGAGGCCGUAUGUGCUGGCUGUUGUAGGUGACGGGUGGACCGCCGGUACAGGACCUGCAUCGGACAUGGACUAUGGUCCAGAACUUUUCCCGUGUCUACACACGACCGCGCAGAGUUGGAUACCGAGACGACAACAAUGGCUGGCGCCGCCGAUGGCGAUUUCCCUAUGGAUCCGGUGUUCCGAUGAGAAGCGAGGUGGGUAGCGGAGGACCAGCUGCCCUGCGGGUCUCGUCCGUGGGCCGUGGCGGGGCGCAUGGCAAUGGUGGCGCGGCCGCCGCAGACGACGCAAACAGCAGGGACAGAGUGCCUGCGGCGUCCUGAGAAUCUGCGAUGAAGCCGGAUCAAUGGGCACCUGGGUGGAUUAAGAGGUAUUGGAAUUUGAUUUAAUCUAGUUACUCUGAAAAUGCCGAACUGAAACCAUGUCAUGUCCUCGAGCUGGAUCAAGUAAUAGCUUAAGCAUUGCUGUAGUCUGGUUGCUGCCGCUUAAUAGCUUAAGCAUUGCUAUUGUUUAUAUAUUAAACACUUGCAUCAUUAGAGAUAUUGGGGAAAUUCGGCUAUGUUCCGAUGCCAGUCUAUUGUUGCAUUUACCAUUCCUCUUUUUGUGUCUGUCUUGUCUUAACAAGCGAGGCGGGAAAUAUAACAUAACUUCAAAUAUAAUUUUUCCGAGCAUUUGAAUUGCACUUGAUAAUUGCUCAUGCAUUUUACAUGUCAUGGCUGAAGCAGUUUCUUGUUUCUUCCACACGUGGACCAUAUUUUACCAUGAGGCAUGGUAGUCUAUUUUCAAAAUUGGAAUACUUAAUCCAAUGCAAAAUUAUGCUUCGCGACUCUGUACUCAUAAUCCAAUAUUUGCUCUGUUAUGCUCUACAAAGUUGGAGCCUUUCUUAGAUAAAAACGUGAAAAGGUAAAAUAAAUUCAGUAUGCUCAAUGUGAAGAUCUUAAAAUGAUUAAAAGAACGCAGAACAUGGAAGUAGUUAGAUGAUAUUACAAUGCUUCUACAUCAGAAAUAACUUGAAGCAGAGGAUAUCUAGGUGGUUCUGGCACUGAAUGAGGUAACUUUGCUAGUUACUCGUCUAUACUUUUUGACCCCAGUUCUUCGUCUAUACAUCAGCAAAACUGUUAGUGCUGCUAUUGUUGCAUGGAUUAUGCAGUUCCUUACGCGAUUCAUGUAUUUCCCAUGUGUUCACAAUUGGAUAUGGAGUGGCAGACAACAUGAUGAGUUAGACAGCUAAGUAUAUGGUUUCACUUUUCUCAUGUGUCAGCCAAGUACGUAGAACUUAUAUUUGGAAAGAGUGCACCAUAGGUUCUGUACAACUAUUUGGUUUGUGGUGGCUGAGCAUAUCUUCAUAUUUGUGUUGUCCAGAUGCACUACAAAGCAUAACUUGGCUGACAAUAUUCUAACUUCCAACUGAUAUUUAUCAGACCAAGCAAUCAAAAGAAAUCUUUGAAGAAACUUCAGCAAUGCUCGCAAGACAAACUUCAGUUUUGCCAAAAACUAUUAUUUCCAUGCCCUGACUGAAACUUGUUUAUGCACAGUUUUGCUGUUGACACGCAGUUAUUGCUUUCAUGCCCAUUGCAUUGUGUCGCUGCUCCUCCCCAGGUUGCGCACCACCUUGACCAUGGCCAGAACCAGCUGCUUACCCUCACUGCCGUCAUGUUGUUUGGCUCAUUUUGCGGCCUCCUGCCCAGCUUGAUCAAGACAGUCUGAGGUUCUACAUCCUUUAUAUUGCCGCGGCGAUCAUCAUCGCUGAGGCUGUGCACAUCCUUUAUAUUGCCGCGGCGAUCAUCAUCGCUGAGGCUGUGCACAUCCUUUAUAUUGCCGCGGCGAUCAUCAUCGCUGAGGCUGUGCACACUCACAUUCUUGGACCGAUGAUGUAUGGUGUUGCUGAUCAAGAUUCAGGCAAGCACCUUUCCUUCCCAUCGUGCUGCUGCUACCCAGCUCAGGCACUGUCAUGGCUGUAUUCCUGUACCACUUUUCUGCAAAUGACGACGAUGCUUAGCUAUUUUAUUUAUUUAUUUAUUUGCAGACAACAGUUUGCAGUUUGCUUAGGUCAGGGAACAUCUUCUGGACCUUCUCAUAUGUCGUCUGUGUGUGAAACUUGCUUCUCCCUUUUUUUUACCAGGAACGUUUCCCUUUUUUAUCAGGAAAUUGUUUCGCUUUUCAACUCUACGGUACUGUAAUAAACUGAUGCUUAACGUAGUUCAGUUCAAAUAAUGAGGAUGUUUCAUUUA